AUGUUUACCAAUGACGGGAAUGUGUAUUCACCGUAUACCGGGGUUUUCAUCGCACCAACCAACGGGACUUACUUCUUCACAUCGACGGUUAUAAGUCAUUAUGGACAAUACCUUGAGACGGAGAUUUGCCUGAACGGAAACAGCCUCGUUUAUAUGUAUUCUCAGGAUACUAAACAGGAACAAGGAACCAACAGCGUUGUUCUAGCAUUGAAAGGAGGCGACCGAGUAUGGGUCAGACAUCAAGGGACAGAAGGAAGUAAAGUGUAUGGUGGUCACUGGAGUAGUUUUUCUGGCUUUCAGAUAACCGGCUGA